AUCUCUCUGAUCAUGGCCAAAAAGCUGUUUCUUGCCCUCGGGCUUCUUGUCGCCUCCAGCCAUGCCGACGUGACAUAUUCAUGCCGCAAGUCCACUGAUGCCGCGCUGAGCAACAACAAAGGCGAUCUCCAGGCGACCUUUUCUCGCGACUGGGCUCUCUCCGAAGCGAAACGCGCAGGAGUGACGCCCAACACGUCUGGAUAUCCCCGAGUCACGGUCCCUUCGACGCAGCUGGAUUUCACCGCCACCUGUGCCAAUGAGACGGUGUACGAGUAUCCGCUCUUUGCGGACGGGAAGACCUCCUACCCGAGCUCGGAUGCGCUUCUGGUGCAUAUCCUGCCUCAUUAUCGGGUGUAUUACAACGCAGAGAUUGAUCUGUGUGGGAUUGGCAUGUUCUCUGGUCCGAACAGUACGGGGGUUCCUCAUUUAUGCAAUGAGAAUUCUACAUGAAUGAUUGUACUAGAGAUAGUAAUAGCUAUGGUAUUGAUUAUUCCAUCUCCAGU